UGUCAAAUUUGCAGCUGCACGGACACUGAACAGCUGAAUAUAAUUCGUGUAAAGUUUAAAUAAAUUAUUGAUUUUAAAGUAGAUUAUUAUUUAAGACACCAUGGGAGACUCCCUUGACGGGAGUGAGAGUGCCCCAGAGGCGCAAAAUGUGGUGGUGGUCGACUUCCAAGACUUCGCAAAUUAUCUGCGGCGAGCCGCAACGGUACUUUUGCCUGAAGACGACAUUGUACCACCGGCGCUGAAUGCCUCUCUCGAGGAUAAAGUGAACCAAGACUGUAUUAGGAAAUUCAUUUCCGACCCGCAAGUGUGUUCUCUGUACGUUCAACGGUUCUCCUCCAAAGAAGAUGACAAUGAGCAGCCCACGGAGGGAGAGGAAGAAAAAGAAGCUGUUACCUACCAGAUCAGCACUGAGGUACACUUCACCUCUCCUCGAGUUGCUGCCUUUGUCUGCAUCAAGAGAGGAGCUGUCAUUGAAGCCGACAAGUCCAUCCACAGUCAGCUGCGCCUCAUCAACUUGUCCGACGGCUCGCCUUAUGAGACCCUGCAUGCUUUCAUCAGCAAGACCAUGGCUCCGUUCUUUAAGAGCUAUGUCAAAGAGAGCGGGAGAGCUGACAGGGACGGAGAUAAGAUGGCGCCGUCUGUUGAGAAGAAGAUAGCAGAGCUGGAGAUGGGCUUACUGCAUCUGCAGCAGAACAUUGACAUUCCGGAGAUCACCCUCCCGGUGCAUCCCCUUGUGGCUGCCGUCAUUAAACGGGCGGCCGACGAGGGACGAAAACCACGCGUGGCUGAUUUUGGUGACAAGGUGGAAGACUCCACCUUCCUUAACCAACUCCAGAACGGCGUUAAUCGCUGGAUUAAGGAAAUACAAAAGGUGACCAAGUUGGACCGCGAUCCCUCCAACGGUACCGCUCUGCAGGAGAUCUCGUUCUGGCUGAACCUGGAGAGAGCCCUCCAUCGCAUUCAGGAGAAAAGAGAGAGCAUUGAAGUGGCUCUAACCCUGGAGAUCUUGAAAUACGGCAAGCGCUUCCACGCGACCGUAUCGUUCGACACGGACACCGGGCUCAAGCAGGCGCUGGCCACAGUCUCCGACUACAACCCUCUCAUGAAGGACUUCCCUAUUAACGACCUGCUCAGCGCUACUGAGCUGGAGAGGAUCAGGUUGGCGGUGCAGCAGAUCUUCUCGCAUCUACGCAAGAUCCGUUCCACGAAGUACCCCAUCCAGCGCGGCUUGAGGCUCGUCGAAGCUAUCUCUCGAGAUCUCGGUCAACAACUCCUGAAGGUACUCGGCACGCGGCGCCUCAUGCAUAUACCAUUCGAGGACUUCGAGCGAGUCAUGACCCAGUGCUUCGAGGUGUUCUCCUGCUGGGACGACGAGUACGAGAAGCUGCAGGGUCUGUUACGUGACAUCGUAAAGAAGAAGCGAGACGAACAUCUCAAGAUGGUGUGGCGAGUGUCUCCCUCGCACAAGCGGCUACAGGCUCGCAUGGAGCACAUGCGCCGCUUCCGCCGCCACCACGAGCAGCUGCGGACUGUUAUGCUCAGGGUGCUCCGCCCCCGCGCCAACGUGGCGCUGGACCCGGCGGCGGGCGAGCCCGCGCAGCCGCUGUCGCUGCCCAUGGACGCGGCCGACGCCAACGCCAUCGCCGAGGUCAACCUCGCCUACGAGAACGUUAAAGAAGUCGACUGUUUGGACAUCUCGAGGGAGGGCUGCGACGCGUGGGAGGCGGCUGUGAGGCGAUAUGAAGAUAGGAUCGAUCGCGUCGAGACCCGCAUCACGGCCCAUCUCCGCGACCAGCUUGGAACAGCCAAGAACGCGAACGAAAUGUUUCGCAUCUUCUCCCGGUUUAACGCUCUGUUCGUGAGACCACACAUCCGAGGAGCGAUCAGGGAAUACCAGACCCAGCUCAUACAGAGAGUGAAGGACGAUAUCGAGGCUUUGCACGAGAAAUUCAAGGUGCAAUACCCCCAAUCGAAGUGCAGCCGGCUCUCUCUGGUGCGCGACCUGCCCCCGGUGGCCGGGUCCAUCAUCUGGGCCAAGCAGAUCGAUCACCAGCUCACCGCCUACCUGAAGAGAGUUGAAGAUGUUUUGGGCAAGGGAUGGGAGAACCACAUUGAGGGGCAGAAACUGAAAGCCGACGGUGACAGCUUCCGUCUUAAACUGGACACCCAAGAAGUCUUCGACGAUUGGGCUCGUAAGGUCCAACAACGCAACCUCGGCGUGUCCGGGCGCAUCUUCGCGAUCGAGUCGGUGCGCGCGCGCUCCAGCAAGACCGGCACCAUCCUCAAGCUCAAGGUCAACUUCCUGCCCGAGAUCAUCACGCUGUACAAGGAAGUGCGCAACUUGAAGAAUCUCGGAUUCAGAGUGCCUUUAGCUAUCGUAAACAAGGCUCACCAAGCAAAUCAACUGUACCCAUUCGCUAUAUCACUCAUCGAGAGUGUGCGUACUUAUGAACGCACCCUAGAGAAGAUCCGCGACAAGGCAUCUAUAAUCCCCCUGGUGGCCGGCCUGCGCCGCGACGUGCUGAACCAAGUGUCGGAGGGCAUGGCGCUCGUGUGGGAGUCCUACAAGUUGGACCCCUACGUGCAGAAGCUCAGCGAAGUGGUGCUGUUGUUCCAGGAGAAGGUUGAAGACCUCCUGGCGGUUGAAGAGCAGAUCUCCGUAGACGCACGUUCGCUGGAGACGUGCCCGUACUCGGCGCAGAGCCUCGCCGAGAUCCUGGGGCGCCUGCAGCGCGCCAUCGAUGACCUGUCGCUGCGCCAGUACAGCAACUUGCACCUGUGGGUGCAGCGCUUGGACGAGGAGGUGGAGAAGAGCCUAGCGGCUCGGCUGCAGGCCGGCGUGGAGGCGUGGACGGCGGCGCUGCUGGGCAAGAGCAGCGAGCUGGACCUGUCCAUGGACACCUACUCGCCCGCCGAGCCCACGCACAAACCCGGCGGGGAGCCGCAGAUCGCGCGUGUGGUGCACGAGGUCCGCAUCACGAACCAGCAGAUGUACCUGUUCCCGUCGCUGGAGGAGGCGCGCUUCCAGCUCAUGCGCCAGAUGUUCGCGUGGCAGGCCGUCGUCACCAGCCAGCACCGCUUGCAGAGCACCAGAUACCAAGUUGGCGUAGCUCGGGCCCAAACUGCGACGUACAGAAACUUGCUCACUAAGCUACCGGGCGCGGCGGCCCCGCUCGAAAAUGCCUAUGACGCCAUUGAGCAGAAGAUAUCGCAGGUCCGCGAAUACGUCGACGAGUGGCUGCGUUACCAAGCCCUGUGGGACUUGCAACCCGAAACGUUGUACGGUCGCCUUGGUGAAGACAUCACUUUGUGGAUCAAAUGCCUGAAUGAUAUCAAGAAAUCCCGCACGACCUUCGACACGUCCGACACCCGUCGCGAGUACGGCCCCGUAGUGAUCGACUUUGCGCGCGUGCAGAGCAAAGUCGCUCUAAAAUACGACGCGUGGCACAAGGAGGUGCUCGGCAAGUUCGGCGCUCUGCUCGGUGGCGAGAUGGUGCACUUCCACGGGCAGCUCGCCAAGUCGCGCUCGCAGCUAGAACAGCAGACUAUCGAGGCAGCCUCCACCAGCGAUGCGGUAUCCCUGAUUACAUACGUGCAACAGCUCAAGAGGGAGGUGCUUGCUUGGGAGAAACAAGUCGACAUAUACAGAGAGGCGCAGCGCAUCUUGGAGCGGCAAAGAUUCCAGUUCCCAGCGCAAUGGCUGCAUGUUGAUAACAUUGAAGGAGAAUGGAGCGCGUUCAAUGAAAUUAUGCGUAGAAAGGACUCGUCUAUUCAGACUCAAGUCGCGUCUCUCCAACAAAAGAUCGUAGCCGAAGACAAAGCAGUCGAGACUCGUACUCUAGAGUUCCUCACCGAGUGGGAGCGAAGCAAGCCUACCGACGGCUCGACUCGGCCCGAAGACGCGCUCGCAAGACUCCAAGCUAUGGAAGCGCGGUACACCAAGCUGAAGGACGAGAGGGACAACGUGGCUAAGGCCAAGGAGGCUUUAGAGCUGCAUGAUACAGGAAGCUCAGUGAACAACGAGCGAAUGACAGUGGCGUUGGAGGAGUUGCAAGACCUGCGCGGCGUGUGGGCCUCGCUCAGCAAGAUCUGGACUCAGAUCGACGACAUCCGCGAGAAACCGUGGCUGUCGGUACAGCCUAGGAAACUUAGGCAACAGCUGGAAGCCAUGCUUAACGAGCUCAAAGAACUGCCAGCGCGUCUGCGCAUGUACGACAGCUACGAAUACGUUCGCAAACUGCUGCACUCUUACACCAAGGUCAACAUGUUGAUAGUCGAGCUGAAAUCAGACGCCCUAAAAGAGCGUCACUGGCGCCAACUGUGCCGCGCGCUGAGAGUGGACUGGUCACUGUCAGAACUGACCCUGGGACAAGUGUGGGACGCGGACCUCCUGCACAACGAGCACACCGUCAAGGACGUCGUGUCCGUCGCUCAGGGGGAGAUGGCUCUCGAGGAGUUCCUCAAGCAGGUCCGCGAGUCCUGGCAGAGCUACGAGUUGGACUUGAUCAACUACCAGAACAAGUGCAAGAUCAUCCGCGGCUGGGACGACUUGUUCAACAAAGUCAAGGAGCACAUCAACAGCGUCGCUGCUAUGAAACUGUCGCCUUAUUAUAAGGUAUUCGAAGAAGAGGCCCUCACUUGGGAAGAGAAACUCAACCGUAUCAAUGCCUUAUUCGACGUAUGGAUCGACGUGCAACGUCGCUGGGUGUACCUCGAAGGCAUCUUUAGUGGCUCGGCCGACAUCAAGACAUUGUUACCCGUCGAGACUAGCCGCUUCCAAAGCAUCAGUUCCGAGUUCCUCGGGCUGAUGAAGAAAGUUAGCAAGUCGCCGAUGGUGAUGGACGUGCUGAACAUACCGGGCGUGCAGCGCUCGCUCGAACGACUGGCUGACUUACUGGGCAAGAUCCAGAAAGCGCUUGGAGAGUACCUUGAGAGAGAGAGAAGCAGCUUCCCCAGAUUCUAUUUCGUGGGAGACGAGGACCUGCUAGAAAUAAUCGGCAACAGCAAGAACAUCGCCCGCCUCCAGAAGCACUUCAAGAAGAUGUUCGCCGGCGUCGCCGCCAUUAUCCUGAACGAGGACAACACGGUCAUUAACGGCAUCGCGUCGCGCGAGGGCGAAGAGGUGUACUUCCUAUCGCCAGUCUCCACCGUAGAGAACCCUAAGAUCAACUCGUGGUUGUCUAUGGUCGAGCGUGAGAUGCGCGUGACCUUGGCGUGCAGGCUCAAGGAUGCUGUUGGUGACGUCAAACAGUUUAAAGAUGGAAACGUGGACCCUCAGAAGUUUAUUGAUUGGUGCGACAAAUAUCAGGCCCAAAUCGUAGUGCUGGCCGCCCAAAUCCUGUGGUCCGAGGACGUGGACGCGGCCCUGUCCUCGGGCGGCGGCGACGGUCUCAAGAAGGUGCUCACACACGUGGAGAACAUGCUCAACAUCCUGGCAGACUCCGUGCUGCAGGAGCAGCCUCCGCUCAGGAGGAGGAAACUGGAACACCUGAUAAACGAGUUCGUCCACAAGCGAACAGUGACGCGUCGGCUGAUCGCCUCCGACGUGAACAGCGCGCGCUCCUUCGAGUGGCUCUGCGAGAUGCGCUUCUACUUCGACCCUAGGAAUAAUGACGUCCUUCAACAAUUGACGAUCCACAUGGCGAACGCCAAAUUCCUGUACGGUUUCGAGUACCUCGGCGUGCAGGACCGGCUCGUGCAGACCCCGCUGACUGACCGCUGCUAUCUGACCAUGACGCAGGCUCUGGAGGCCCGGCUCGGAGGCUCACCGUUCGGGCCUGCCGGUACUGGCAAGACCGAAUCAGUAAAGGCUCUCGGCAACCAGCUCGGUCGCUUCGUGCUGGUCUUCAACUGCGACGAGACCUUCGACUUCCAGGCCAUGGGCCGUAUCUUCGUCGGUCUGUGCCAGGUCGGUGCCUGGGGCUGCUUCGACGAGUUCAAUCGUCUGGAGGAGAGGAUGCUGUCGGCCGUGUCGCAGCAGGUGCAGACCAUACAGGAGGCGCUCAAGAGCCACCAGGAGGGCGACAAUACUGCCAAGUCCAUAACCGUGGAGCUGGUCGGCAAACAAGUCCGCGUCAGCCAAGACAUGGCCAUAUUCAUAACCAUGAACCCUGGAUACGCGGGCCGCUCCAACCUUCCUGACAACUUGAAGAAACUGUUCCGCAGUUUGGCCAUGACCACGCCGGACAGACAGCUGAUCGCUGAAGUCAUGUUGUUCAGUCAGGGCUUCAGGACUGCUGAGAAGCUGGCUUGCAAGAUUGUGCCGUUCUUCAAGCUCUGCGACGAACAACUGUCGAACCAAUCCCACUACGACUUUGGUCUGCGAGCUCUGAAAUCGGUACUCGUCUCAGCCGGUAACGUCAAGCGAGACCGCAUUCAGAAGAUCAAAGAGAACCUAAUCGAGCGCGGCACCGAAGUGCCCGACGAGGCGUCGAUCGCGGAGUCUCUUCCCGAACAGGACAUCCUCAUCCAAUCCGUGUGCGAGACCAUGGUGCCCAAGCUGGUGGCCGAAGACAUACCGCUACUGUUCUCGCUGCUCAACGAUGUGUUCCCUAAUGUUGGAUACACCAGGGCUGAGAUGACUGGCCUGAAGAACGAGAUCCGUACGGUUUGUGCUGAAGAGUUCCUGGUGUGCGGCGAGGGCGACGAGCAGGGCUCCACUUGGAUGGAAAAGAGACGGCGCGAGGCGUCGCGCGAGCAUCACAGCACGUGGAUCGAGAAGGUCCUGCAACUAUACCAGAUCUGCAAACUGAAUCAUGGUCUGAUGAUGGUCGGGCCAUCCGGCAGCGGCAAGUCUACCGCGUGGCGCGUGCUGCUCAAGGCUUUGGAAAGAUUCGAAGGCGUUGAAGGCGUAGCUCACGUGAUAGACCCCAAGGCGAUGUCAAAGGAGACUUUGUACGGUGUGCUGGACCCCAACACCCGCGAAUGGACCGAUGGACUGUUCACGCACAUUCUCAGAAAAAUAAUUGACAACGUCCGCGGUGAAAUCAACAAGCGCCAAUGGAUCAUAUUCGACGGCGACGUGGACCCUGAGUGGGUUGAGAACCUGAACUCGGUGCUCGACGACAACAAACUGCUCACGCUGCCCAACGGCGAGCGGCUGUCUCUGCCGCCCAACGUGCGGGUCAUGUUUGAGGUCCAAGAUCUUAAAUAUGCUACCCUUGCCACAGUCUCGCGUUGCGGCAUGGUUUGGUUCUCACAAGACGUACUCACCACAGAGAUGAUCUUCGAAAACUAUUUGUUGAGACUGAGAAACAUUCCCCUGGAGGACGGCGAAGAAGACUCGUUCAGCAUCGUGAUGGCCGCUCCGUCGGCGGGCGGUGAUCAGAACGCCACGGAAAACAUACUGUCUCCAGCUUUACAGACUCAACGCGACGUGGCCAUGAUCCUCCAACCGCUGUUCUUCGGCGACGGCUUAGUUGUGAAAUGCUUCGAACGUGCCGUCUCGCUCGAUCACAUUAUGGACUUCACUCGGCAUCGCGCGCUGUCCUCCUUGCACUCCAUGUUGAAUCGCGGUGUUAGAAACAUCCUUGGCUACAACCGGCAGCACCCCGACUUCCCAGUAACAAACGAACAGUUGGAAGCGUACGUGCCCAAAUGGCUCGUCUACUCCCUUCUCUGGUCCUUCGCUGGUGACGCUAAACUCAAGGAUCGUAAUGAGUUGGGUGAUUUCAUAAGAUCGGCCAGCACUAUGCCUCUGCCCAACUGCGGGGCAAAUCAACAUAUCAUUGAUUUCGAGGUGUCUAUCACCGGCGAGUGGGUGCCCUGGUCAGCCAAGGUGCCGCAGAUCGAAGUGGAGACGCACAAGGUGGCGGCGCCCGACGUAGUAGUGCCGACGCUGGAUACGGUGCGCCACGAGGCGCUGCUCUACACGUGGCUCGCAGAGCACAAGCCGCUGGUACUAUGCGGCCCGCCCGGGUCCGGUAAAACCAUGACGCUGUUCUCUGCGCUCCGAGCGCUGCCCGACAUGGAGGUGGUCGGCCUCAACUUCUCGUCCGCCACCACGCCUGAACUCCUGCUGAAGACCUUCGACCACUACUGCGAGUACAGGAAGACGCCUAAUGGAGUUGUGUUGGCGCCUGUUCAGCUGGGCAAAUGGCUCGUGUUGUUCUGCGACGAGAUCAACUUGCCCGACAUGGACCAGUACGGCACGCAGCGCGUCAUCUCCUUCCUGAGGCAGCUGCUCGAACACAAAGGCUUCUAUAGAGCGAGCGAUCAUUCUUGGGUGCACUUGGAGCGCAUCCAGUUUGUUGGCGCGUGCAACCCGCCGACGGACCCGGGCCGCAAGCCGCUCUCGCACCGCCUGCUGCGGCACGUGCCCGUCAUCUACGUCGACUACCCCGGCGAGACCUCGCUCGAACAGAUUUACGGAACAUUCACCCGAGCCAUGCUACGUAUGCAGCCCGCACUUCGCGGCUACGCAGAACCUUUGACUCAAGCCAUGGUCAAACUAUACCUGGCUUCACAAGAACGCUUUACUCAAGACAUGCAACCGCAUUACGUGUACUCGCCCAGAGAGAUGACCAGAUGGGUACGAGGCAUCUGUGAAGCUAUCAGGCCUCUUGACAACUUGAACGUGGAAGGCCUGGUGAGACUGUGGGCGCACGAAGCUCUGCGCCUCUUCCAAGAUCGAUUAGUAGAGGAAGCUGAGAGGCAGUGGACUGAUGAGAACAUCGACACUGUGGCCAUGAGGUUCUUCCCAGGUAUUAACCGCGAGCAGGCAUUGGCCCGUCCCAUCCUGUACAGCAACUGGCUGAGCAAGGACUAUGUGCCGGUCGAGAGGGAUCAGCUGCGUGAAUACGUCAAGGCCCGACUGAAGGUGUUCUACGAAGAAGAGUUAGACGUACCGCUCGUCCUCUUCGACGAAGUGCUUGAUCACGUUUUGCGUAUCGACCGCAUCUUCCGUCAGCCGCAAGGGCAUCUGCUGCUCAUCGGUGUCUCCGGCGCCGGCAAGACCACGCUCAGUCGCUUCGUGGCCUGGAUGAACGGGCUUAGCAUCUUCCAGAUCAAGGUGCACAACAAGUAUACGGGCGCUGAUUUCGACGAGGACCUGCGCUCGGUGCUGCGGCGCGCCGGCUGCCGCGACGAGAAGGUCGCCUUCAUACUGGACGAGUCCAACGUGCUCGACAGCGGCUUCCUGGAGCGCAUGAACACGCUGCUGGCCAACGGAGAGGUGCCCGGUUUGUUCGAGGGCGACGAAUUCGCAGCGCUCAUGACGCAAUGCAAGGAAGGCGCGCAGCGAGAGGGCCUGAUGCUCGACUCCAACGACGAACUCUACAAGUGGUUCACUGGGCAAGUGAUGCGUAACUUGCACGUAGUGUUCACGAUGAAUCCUUCGUCAGAGGGGCUCAAAGACCGGGCCGCGACGUCGCCCGCCCUGUUCAACCGUUGCGUGCUCAACUGGUUUGGUGACUGGAGCGAUGGAGCCCUAUUCCAGGUGGGCAAGGAGUUCACGCUGCGCAUGGACCUGGACUCGGCGGAGUACUCGCCGCCGGAGCUGUUCCCGGCGGCGUGCGGCGAGGUGGGCGCGCGGCCGGCGCACCGCGCGGCGGUGGUGAACGCGUGCGUGUACGUGCACCAGACGCUGCACCGCGCCAACGCGCGCCUCGCCAAGCGCGCCAACCGCACCAUGGCCAUCACGCCCAGACAUUAUCUCGACUUUAUCCAACAAAUGGUGAAGUUGUACGCCGAGAAGCGAGCGGACUUGGAAGAGCAGCAACUCCACUUGAACGUGGGUCUCGGGAAGAUUGCCGAAACCGUGGAACAGGUCGAGGAAAUGCAGAAGAGUCUCGCUGUCAAGUCACAGGAAUUACAACAUAAGAACGAAGCCGCCAACGCCAAACUGCGGCAAAUGGUUAAAGACCAACAGGAAGCCGAGAAAAAGAAAGUUGAGAGCCAGGAAAUUCAGGUCGCUCUAGAGAAGCAAACGAAGGAGAUCGAAGCGAAACGCCGCGACGUAAUGGCGGACUUGGCGCAGGUCGAGCCGGCUGUCAUCGAGGCGCAAAACGCGGUCAAGUCGAUAAAGAAGCAGCACCUAGUGGAGGUGCGGUCUAUGGGCAACCCGCCGGCGCUCGUCAAGGUGGCCCUAGAGUCUAUCUGCCUGCUGUUGGGCGAGAACGCGACGGACUGGAAGGCCAUCCGAGCCGUGAUCAUGCGAGAAAACUUCAUCAACAGCAUCGUCUCCAACUUCUCUACCGAGGACAUAACUGACGAUGUGCGCGAGAAGAUGAGGACCAGAUACUUGAGUAAUCCGGACUACAACUUCGAGAAGGUCAACCGAGCCAGUAUGGCUUGCGGGCCUAUGGUCAAAUGGGCUAUCGCUCAGAUCGAAUAUGCGGACAUGUUGAAACGUGUGGAGCCGCUCCGCAACGAGCUGCGCGCGCUCGAGGACCAAGCUCAAACUAACGUGACGGCCGGCGACGAAGUUCGCGAUCUGAUCGCGCAACUGGAGAAGUCUAUCGCGUCCUACAAGGAGGAAUACGCGCAGCUCAUCAGCCAGGCGCAAGCCAUUAAGACAGACUUGGAGAACGUGCAGGCCAAGGUGGACAGGUCCAUUGCGCUCCUGAAGAGUCUCGUGAUCGAACGCGAGCGCUGGGAAUCGAGCUCGGAAACAUUCCGCUCGCAGAUGAGCACUAUCGUCGGAGACGUGCUGUUGUCUGCCGCCUUCAUCGCGUACGGCGGGUACUUCGACCAGCAUUACCGUCAGAAUCUAUUCUCGACAUGGACCGCCCACCUGGCCGCGGCCAACAUCAAGUACCGCGCCGACAUCGCGCGCACCGAGUACCUCAGCAACCCCGACGAGCGGCUGCGCUGGCAGGCCAACGCUCUGCCAACCGACGAGCUGUGCGUCGAGAACGCCAUCAUGCUGAGGCGCUUCAACCGCUACCCACUCAUCAUCGAUCCAUCAGGGCAAGCGACGGAGUUCAUCAUGCGCGAGUUCCGAGAGCGCAAGAUCACCAAGACCUCGUUCCUGGACGACUCCUUCCGCAAGAACCUCGAGUCGGCGCUGCGGUUCGGCAACCCGCUACUCGUGCAGGACGUGGAGAACUACGACCCGAUCCUGAACCCGGUGCUGAACCGCGAGCUGCGGCGCACGGGCGGCCGCGUGCUCAUCACGCUCGGCGACCAGGACAUCGACCUCAGCCCCUCCUUCGUCAUCUUCCUCUCCACUAGGGACCCAACGGUGGAGUUCCCGCCGGACAUGUGCUCGCGUGUGACGUUCGUCAACUUCACGGUGACUCGCUCUUCACUGCAGUCUCAGUGCUUGCACCGCGUGCUCAAGGCUGAGCGGCCCGACAUCGACACCAAGCGCUCCGACCUGCUCAAGCUGCAAGGCGAAUUCCACCUCCGACUGCGUCAACUGGAGAAGUCGCUUCUCCAAGCGCUGAACGACGCCAAGGGCAAGAUCUUGGACGACGACUCGGUCAUCGCGACGCUCGAGACGCUCAAGAAGGAGGCCGACGACAUAGGCCAAAAGGUUGAAGAAACUGACAAAGUUAUCGCUGAAAUCGAGACAGUCAGCCAGCAAUACCUGCCUCUGUCUCAAGCAUGCAGCAGCAUAUACUUCACCAUGGAGUCGCUGAACCAAGUCCACUUCCUGUACCAGUACUCGCUGAAGAUGUUCCUGGACAUCUUCAGCUCGGUGCUGGUGUGUCCGAUGCUUAACGGCGCGUCGGACUACACCGCACGGCUUAGCAUCAUUACCGAAGAACUGUUUACGGUGGUAUACGAGCGCGUGGCUCGCGGCAUGCUCCACACGGACCGGCUCACGUUCGCGCUGCUGCUGUGCCGCAUCCACCUGAAGGGCACCGGCGCCGAGGACACGCUGGACCAGCCGUUCGCCACGUUCCUGCGCGGCAAGGAGGGCUUCGUGUCGCACUGCGCGCCGCUCCACCCGCUCACGCAGCACCAGCACGAUGCCGCUGCGAGGCUUAGCUCUAGACUGGUGUCGUUCCGGCGGCUGCUGGAGAAGGCGGGCGAGCUGCCCGAGCUGGCGGCGUGGCUGGGGCAGGCGGCGCCCGAGCAGUGCGUGCCCACACUGUGGGACUCCAGCCCCAGCGCGCCGCCCAAGCCGCACACGCUCGCCAUGUACCGCCUGCUGCUCAUACAGGCAUUCCGGCCGGACCGCGUGAUCGCAGCAGCCACUCAGCUGGUGGCCGCCGUACUGGGCGCCGGUUUCAUGGCGAAGGCCGAAACAGAGUUCGAUCUAGCUUCCAUCACCGAACACCAGCUAAACGCCACCACGCCCGCGCUGCUGUGCUCCGUGCCCGGAUACGAUGCCAGCGGUCGCGUGGACGACAUGGCGACGGAGCUGAACAAGCCGCUGUCGAGCAUCGCCAUCGGGUCCGCGGAGGGGUUCAACCAGGCCGAGCGCGCCAUCAACACCGCCUGCAAGACCGGCCGCUGGGUGAUGUUGAAGAACGUGCACCUGGCGCCGGUGUGGCUCGUGCAGCUCGAGAAGAAGCUGCACUCGCUGCAGCCCCACGCGGCCUUCAGGCUGUUCCUCACCACGGAGAUCAGCCCCAAGCUGCCCGUGAACCUGCUGCGCGCCGCCCGAGUGCUCGUGUUCGAGCCGCCGCCCGGCAUCCGCGCCAACCUGCUGCGGACCUUCGCCACGGUACCCGCUGCUCGUAUGAUGAAGCCUCCUUCAGAACGCGCACGUCUCUACUUCCUGUUGGCGUGGUUCCACGGCAUCGUUCAAGAGCGGCUCCGUUACGUGCCAUUGGGCUGGGCUAAGUACUACGAGUUCAACGAGUCCGACCUGCGCGUGGCGUGCGACACGCUCGACACUUGGAUCGACGCCACAGCCAUGGGCCGCACCAACCUACCUCCCGAGAAGGUUCCAUGGGAGGCGCUAGUGACCCUACUCUCGCAGUGCAUCUACGGAGGCAAGAUCGACAACUUGUUCGACCAACGGUUGUUGCACUCUUUCCUAUGCAAGUUGUUCACGCCGAGGUCGUUCGAGGCGGACUUCGCGCUGGUCGCUAAUGUCGAUGGGGCGAGCGGCAACCAGAGGCACAUUACCAUGCCCGACGGCAACCGGAGGGACCACUUCCUCAAGUGGAUCGAGGAGCUAUCAGACAGGCAGACUCCGUCCUGGCUCGGGUUGCCUAACAACGCCGAAAAGGUUUUGCUGACAACGCAAGGCAGUGACCUGGUGUCGAAGCUGCUAAAGAUGCAACAACUUGAGGACGAGGAGGAGCUCGCGUACAACGCCGCUUCGCAGGACGACAAUGCGCUGGUGGUGGAGGGCGACGGCCGCCCGGCUUGGAUGAAGUCUCUCCAUCAAACUGCCACUGGAUGGCUCCAGCUCCUGCCUGAGAAACUACCGACGCUGCGCCGUACAGUGGAGAAUAUUAAGGAUCCGUUGUACCGCUUCUUCGAGCGUGAGGUCGCCGCCGGGGCUUCGCUGUUGGCUCAAGUGCACCACGACCUCAGGAACGUGCUCGCUAUCUGUCAGGGCGAGAUGAAGCAGACGAACGAGACGCGGUCGAUGGUGGGCGCGCUGGUGCGCGGCAUGCUGCCGGGCGCGUGGAGGCGCUACGCGGUGGCGCGCGGCUGCACGGUGCGCCAGUGGGUCGGCGACUUCGCGCGCCGCGUGCUGCAGCUCGCCACCGUCUCCGACUGCGUGGCCACGGACCAGGGCGCCCGUCGGCUGCAGAGCAUCCCUGUGUGGCUCGGAGGUCUCCUAAACCCGGAGGCGUAUAUCACGGCCACCCGCCAGUGCGUGGCGCAAGCUAACUCGUGGUCACUUGAAGAACUACACUUACAGGUGACGAUACCGGAACCGGGCACGGAAGCCGCGGACGCGACCGAGUGGUCGUUCCAAGUGACCGGGCUCAAGCUGCAGGGCGCCACGGUGAAGGGCAACCGGCUGCUGCUCACCAACACCAUCAUGGUGGACCUGCCGCUAACCGUGCUCACGUGGAUACGCGGGCCGGAGCCGAGCCCGGGCGCGGCGGGCGGGCAGACGCUGACGCUGCCCGUGUACCUGAACAGCGCGCGCUCCGAGCUGCUGUUCACGGUGCGGCUGCCCAUCGCGCCCGGCCAGGAGCCGCACGCCUUCUACGAGCGCGGCGUCGCGCUGCUCACCUCCACGGCGCUCAACUAA